CAAAUUUCGCAGCUGCACUCUGUUCAAUCAAACACUCAAAUAGUCUCGUUUAAAACAUAAUUAGAACGGAAUCAAAUCGAACCGAAAAGACCGGACGGGGCAAACUAGUCACUAACCUGGAGCUUCUUGAAAUGGGGCUUGGGCUCAACGAUUUGGGCCCGCAACUCAUCUUCGGCAGCUUCAAGAGCGGCGGCAUCGGCCCGGAUGGUGUGGUAAUCAAGCAGCCUCUCUAGGGCGACUCUGCCGCCGUGUAAAGCACCCAGGGAGAUUGACCGCGUGAAAACGGGCGCCGCUACCGCCGGAGGUUCUUUUCUCAUUCGCCACGCCCGGUGGCCGUAGGCCCAGGCUAUGCAGAUGGUGCCGGCGAUGAGCAGAGGGCUCCCCGCGGCGGCUGCUAUUGCUCCAUUCUUGACGGAGAAAUUCUUGAUCAAGUAUUCCAGCGCCGGGUUCAGGUCAAUGUGGAUCAGGGAGAAGCCGGAGAAAUUCGUCAUUGUUCAGGAAAUGGUUAUUGUCACAGGUUAGUUCCCUUGGGGAUGGGACUGGUAUAUUUUAGUGAAAUUGAUUGUCUGUCCCACAUAUUAUCGUAGCUUACACUAAAGGAAUGGUGAGAGGAAGCUUUGCGUUAGGUAAGAUUCUUGUAGGGUUUCUGAUCCCAAUCGUGUUGGGAUGGAGAAAGGCUCAAGAUUUCAAUGGGUUUUGUCAAAGUAUCAGCUUACUGGUUAAGUUCCAGGAGAAUGGAAAAAAGCAAACGAGAUACCUUGGACAACUUGGAAGGCAAGUAGAUUCCAACUCAAUUGAUCCGUCAAUGGCCCUCCAAAACAACGAUCCUGCUCUUAUCACUUAGGGUUUUUUUAGUGGACACCCAAAACCUCCUAUUCAGAUUUACCUCUUUGGCUAUUCCCCAUGGCGGGUACAGUGCAAAAUGGGCUUAGCAGCAACAUACCUCUGCCGCCCGCGGCUAAGCUUACUAGAGCCGCAAUCCCAAACAACAACCAUAAGCUUCACUUCCGCCUUGGCCACGAUCAUGCCUCAUUUCGGUCAUUUUCCAGGGCUCGUAAGCACCGAUGCCGAUUUGGGUUAAGAGGUCGUGUAAUUGUCUGCGCCGAAGGGAAGUGGCCAAUGCCGUGGAGAGAUGAGAAAAAACAGAGCAAAUGCAGAGAUGGGAAUGAGGGGAAACUGGAGGUUGUUAGAUCAUUCGUUUUGGCUUGUGCUCUUGGUGUUGGCAUCAUCGGCGUAAGCUUGAUGAGGAGGGAUCGGGUAGCGUUGGCUGGGCCGAGGGAACUGUACCAAAAGGCUCCACAAUCGUCGCCGGUAGGAGGGGCAGGAUACUCACUGGGAGGGAGGACAGCGCUGAGGUCUUUGUUAGAUGUGCCUAAGCUGAUGGCUUCCAGCAAAGUUGAGCCAUUUCAGGUGGAGUUUGAGUUGCCCUAUAGUCCUUCCACGGCUGAAGUUAUCCCCAUUAAGAUGCAUGCAGUGAAGUUGAUGGCACAUGGUCAAUCUGAAGCUGCUGUCAAAUUCCUGCGGGAUGCAGUUUAUCUGUAUAAGAACAGGAAGGAUAAUGAGCCUGCCUACAACGUUGGGAUGGUUUUGGUUGAGAUUCUCAUAUGUCAGGGGAAGUAUAAGGAAGCCUUGGAAUGCAACUCUUUGAACGAACAUCAACGUUUGCCAUCAGAUGGUCGGUUCCCUCUAUACAAGGCAAUUAUCUACACGAUGUUGGAUAACAAAGCGGAGGCGAAGAAGUGGUGGGAACAGUACAUUGAAGCUGUUGAGCAAGGAAUUGAACUCCCACAGGAUCCCGACAUUGCUUAAAGUUGCCUGAAAUUUGUAACUGAUCUAUCAAGAAUUAUUUUUGUAGCUAUUGGUUUGAUUCUGCUUAUAAAUGAUAGUGUCUUUAAUACUUGUAUACACUGAUGCUCUCGUAAUUAACAUAAAAUAAACGGGUAUGACUAACAGAAUACUCUUCAACAA